CAGCAGUAAAGCGGGCGGCCCUCAGCAGCUAUUGUCAUCAGAAGGCUAGUUUGGCCUCUGGUUACUGCUAAAGAAGGGGGAAGGGGAUUCUCCGAGUCUCUCUGGCUUUCGUCUGACCAGGAUAUAAGGGAUUGAACUUCCUGGGUCAGGAGCUGGGGCUGUUGCCUCCAUUGUUGAACCGGACUGAGCCGCCACCGCCGCCGCUGGGUGGGGAGAGCCCUUCCCUAUCCUCUUUCUGUGCCCAGCCGGGGGGACUUUCUCCGGGGCUGGAACCAGCCCCUGGAGCAGCCUCAGGCUCUGUCGACACCAGCUUCUGAGCCGCAGACUCCAGCAGGUGUCAGGACUGUGAACGAUAACAAAGCAGGCGAAUCUUCAAAGCCUUGCUGGAGAGGAACUGCUGAGAUGUCUCCAAAACGAUCCAAAGGAAACGUGUCUCAGAAUCUGGACCAGGGAAAAUCCCUUAAGAGUCAGGGCAGGUCAGAAGCACAGCAGCAAAACCCUUCAGAGGAGAGAGAGGGUAAAGCCACCCACCGUGGGAGAGGCGUGAGGAAACGCAAAGACACCAUCGUCCGCCAGAGAACAUAUGCAGGAGAGAGGCCCAACAUCUGCAUCGAAUGUGGGAAAAGCUUCACCCAGAGCUCAGACCUUAUGAAUCAUCGGAGAAUCCACACAGGGGAGAAACCUUAUAAAUGCAUUGACUGCGGGAAAAGCUUCAGCAUCAAUUCAAACCUUAUCCGUCACCAGAGAACCCAUACAGGGGACAGACCCCACAGCUGCUCUGACUGUGGGAAAAGCUUCACAGACAAGUCGACCCAGACCCAGCACCAGUGCAUCCACAUGGGUGAGAAGCCCUAUAAAUGCAUCGACUGUGGGAAAAGCUUCAGCCGCAGCUCCCACCACAAGAGGCGCCUGAGGAGCCCUCCAGGGAAAAGGCAGGACAAAUGCAUCCAGCGGGACAGCGCUGCCAUUGGAAAGGUUAAAAAAAUGAAAACAUCAAAGAAGAAAACCUCGACUAUCGAGAUCCCAAUCACGUGUGCCGAGUGCUGGCAAAGCUUCAGCCAGAACUCGGACCUGGUCAAACAUAUGAGGAUCCACACAGGAGAGAAACCCUAUGAGUGCACUCACUGUGGGAAAUGCUUCAAUGUCAGUUCAAACCUGAUCAGACACCAGAGGAUCCACACGGGAGAGAAGCCCUACACAUGCUCUGACUGCGGGAAAAGCUUCACUGACAAAUCUACCCUGACCCAGCAUCACCGGAUCCACACAGGAGAGAAGCCUUAUGAGUGCAUUUACUGUGGGAAAAGCUUCAGCCGCAGUUCCCACCACAAGAGGCAUCAGAGAACCCACACAGGAGAGAACUCUGUGUCCCUCCUGCCUUUAUGGCCGUACCCCACUCAAGCGUGUUAGGGGUUAGGGGAGGGAAGGAAAGUCCAUCAGAGCAGCAGGAGGCGGUAGCUAGAGGAGAUUGGAGCUGUGUGCUUGUGGGAUCUGCUUUCUGGGGGUUAGUGGGGUGGUGAGUAGUGGGAGGGAGCUGGUAUGGCUUUUUAGCAGGGAUCAUUAGGGGAAGGGGUUGGUUCUUGGGAGAAUUGGUUGUUUUAGUGGGUUGGGACUAGAGAUGGGCAAGGAGAGCUGGCUGGGGUUUGUAAUGGGAGGGCAAGUAGCUGGUAGGAUAAGGGAUGUGUGUGUCUUGUUAAUUUUUUACUAUUGGCCUGCGUAGAAUGGGUUGUAGGUUUCUUGCCAUUUCCAGGUAGGAUGAGUGUCUACGCCCCUGAGAACACCAGCGGGACUAACCCAGACGGGGCACACUAUGGAACGUUUCAGCAGAGAGGCCACAGGGAACGAGCGGGGUGCUAGCAGUGGCCCUUCCAGGAGAGGACUGCGGCACAGCUUUCACGCUAUGUGUACCAAGGGCCUCUCUCCAGCAGCAGCACAUUCACAUCUCUUUUAACUAGUUCAGGUCAAAGGCAAAUGAGGCCAGCUCCCACUCUGGUUUUAGGACAGGAGAGUCUCAUUCCUACUUUAAACAGCCCACUCAGUUACUACCAUUCCCUUCCUUUCUCUUCUGGAAUAGACAAGGCUGUGCUAGCCCAGCUGUCGUACAUGGGGACUCUGUAUGUGCUGUAGAACGAAUAGCAAUUAACAAAAUGUUUAAACCAAAAA